UAUGGAGGACCGUUUGUCUAUCUUGUAGGAGUGGUAGGGAACGUUUUGGCUCUCACUGUCAUGCCACAUUUUGCGCGCCGUGUGUCCACCUACAUGUACCUCUUGGUUUUGUGUAUACUGGACCUGUGCGUUCUCCAUCUUGGUCUAUUAGUCAACUGGCUUCGAGAGAUUUUAGAAAUUGACCUUCACUCCCAGUCCAAUUUCUCGUGUAAGACUCUAACCUUUCUUGGCUACGUCUGCAGUGAUUCCUCCGUUUGGUUGGUAGUGGCGGUCACUUUCGAGCGGUUCAUGACAAUGUGCCAUCCACUAAAGGCCACCUCUCUUUGCCGGAUCCGACAGGCGUUGUUAGUCAUUAUCUUUAUUCUCGUCUUCAUCUUUUUGAUAAACCUUCACAUAUUCUGGACAAUUGGCCUAAUUCCGGACGGAAAUAAUUCUACCGUCUGCGGUCAACAGAAAGACAUCACCCUUAUUUGGCCUUGUGUGGACUUGAUGGUGUACUUCGUCAUUCCAUUUCUAAGUACUGGAAUCUUCAACUAUAAAAUUAUACGUAAAAUUCGAGGAAUGAAGAGAAAUUCCCAACGUAACAUUUCCUUGGCAACUGUAAAGGCUUUCUUGACAAAAAAGACUAAUGUCAGAAGAAAAUUGACAGUGAUGAUGGUGAUUUUGUCCCUAACUUUCGUCAUAACGACAUUUCCCAUGGUCUGCAUGCUUUGUGUGACAGCGGUGUUGAACACACUCUCGCAUCCUCUAGAUAUUAAUCGUCAGCUGUUCAACAAAAUGUUUUCUUUUGCUGAACUCCUCAUGUUUACGAAUCAUGCUAUUAACUUCUAUUUAUAUGUUGCCAGUUCAAGAAAAUUCCGAAAAGCUUUAAGACAGGUUUUAUGUGAAUGCAAAGUCUCUGAUGCUUCUGUUUUCGAACACUCGGAAAACAAGAACACCAAUAACUAUGUUGCUGCCAAUACCUUAUAUUCUUAA